AUGGCAUGCCACUUAGCUUCUGCUAUUUCAUCUUCUCUUCGCAUAACAAAUCCAACACCCACAAAUUCUCUUCUCUCUUUCCCUCCCACCUUAUCUCAUCUCCUCCCUUUCCACAAAUCCAUCACCUUCCUUUCAUUGCGUUCUUCCACUAUACCACCCACCAAGCCUCUUCAAGUGAGAUCAGUGGCUACCCCUACAGAAUCAAUAGCGGGGUUUGAUGACAUGGUUGCUGGGACUGAGAGGAAGUAUUACAUGCUAGGUGGAAAAGGAGGGGUAGGGAAGACAAGUUGUGCUGCUUCCCUUGCUGUUAAAUUUGCAAAUAAUGGACAUCCUACGCUUGUAGUUUCCACCGAUCCAGCGCAUUCUUUGAGUGAUUCUUUUGCUCAGGAUUUGGCAGGGGGAGCAUUGAUACAAGUCGAUGGACCUGAUUAUCCACUUUUUGCGCUUGAAAUAAACCCUGAUAAGGCUAGGGAAGAUUUCCGAGAUGCAGCUAAACAAAAUGGUGGAAGUACUGGAGUCAAAGAUUUCAUGGAUGGCAUGGGUCUUGGAAUGAUAGAAGACCAGUUAGGAGAGCUAAAACUGGGAGAAUUACUGGAUACACCUCCUCCUGGACUGGAUGAAGCUAUUGCGAUUUCCAAGGUUAUGCAAUUUCUUGAAUCGCCGGAAUAUAACAUGUUCACCCGCAUUGUAUUUGACACGGCACCUACAGGUCAUACAUUACGUUUAUUGUCCUUGCCUGAUUUCUUGGAUGCAUCUAUCGGGAAAAUACUAAAGCUAAGACAAAAGAUAGCUUCAGCUACCUCUGCAAUUAAAUCCGUGUUUGGGCAAGAAAAUACUCGUCAAGAUGCUGCUGACAAAUUGGAGAAGCUUAGGGAGAGGAUGAUAAAAGUGCGCGAGCUUUUCCGUGACACUGAUUCGACAGAAUUUGUUAUUGUUACAAUCCCCACGGUAAUGGCAGUUAGUGAGUCAUCUAGAUUGAGUGCUUCAUUGAAGAAGGAAAAUGUUCCUGUAAAGAGACUCAUUGUCAAUCAAAUUCUUCCACCAUCUGCAUCUGAUUGCAAGUUUUGUGCCGUGAAAAGAAAGGAUCAAACGCGUGCUCUUGAUAUGAUUCAGAACGAUCCAGAACUCUCGACCUUAUCGAUGAUCCAAGCACCGCUUGUUGAUGUUGAGAUAAGAGGUGUUCCUGCUCUCAAAUUUCUGGGUGACAUCAUCUGGAAAUGA